UUGAAUAAACGGUAACCUUAAAGCGUGCAUUUGACCGCAUAUAAAUGCACGUAGUGAAUUUUAUUAACGCGAGUGAAAAUAAAUUAUUGUAAUCGUGAAAAGUUACUAAUAGUUUAUAAAUGUUAUGGAAGUGUAAUUAGGGAACAGUUGAUCAACUGCUUGUUUUUAAGGUGCAGAAAAAAUGGAAAUAGAAAAGCAAAUAAUCAAGACGUAUAGUAGGAGACAGCCUAUUACGAGAUACGAGUCCUGUGCCGUGCUUGUACCUAAUUAUACAAAUCCAACACAGGUUCGAGAAUCCAGAUUGAACGACAAAACUUUAAUGAUCGACAAUUUCGACGAUACCUUUGAUAGAUUAGCCACCGGAGUUGUAGUACCGUCUCCGGAAAAUUCAUUGGAUGAAAAUGGAGUUGAUAGUAGAAAGAGAAGUGACACUGUUGAUAUUUUCAAAAUGCCAUUGCAAGCUAAAAAGAAACCAAUACAAAAAGAAAAGCUAAAGAAAAAGGAUAUGGUUCCAAAAGCUAUUGGUGUAAAAAGGAAAAAUGUAGUCAUUGAUAGUGAUGAUUCUAACUCGAGCGAUCAAGAGGAGACUUGCAAAAAACAAGUUGACAAUAAAAAGUCCAAAGAGAAAAUAAAAAAAGUGGUUAAGCGGAAGAAAAAUAUGUCUACAGCUAAAGCUGUGGUAGGUGAUAAACUUGUUGCCAAUGAUAGUGUAAAUGAAAAUGCAUCUGAUAAUUUUGACGAUAAGGCAGAAAAAAGCACAAAUACUGACAACUUCAAAAAAUCAAUUGAAGGUUCUGUAAACCAACAUGAAAUUCAACGCUAUUUUCAAGCAAGUACUCCUAGAGUAAAUAAAAUACAAACUAACAUAGAUAUGCAAAAUCUAUCUCCUGUAAUAAUGGAUACUGCAAAUAAAAGAGUAUUACAUUUGAGCAUUGAUGAAGAGCAUGCUGAAAAUGCUGCACAUGAUAAACAUAAUAGAAGUGAAAAUUUUAAUCAGAAUGUAGAGUGUAAUCAGAGUAAUACCAUAAACACAAAUGAUAAUUUUGCAAAACCAAGAGAAUUUACAAAAGUUGAUCUGUUGAAAACUUUUAAACAUCUAUGUACAAGUACUCCUAGAGUGAAUAAGAUUUGCAUGCCUGUUAAUCUUCAAUAUUUGUCUCCUAUAGCAUCAACUAAAGAAAAAAGAAUCACUGGUAAUGAAAAGUCUUCAACUGUAGAUGCAGAUACUAAGAAUGAACAAAAUAGUGAUAUGGAAUCAAAUUUCAAUGAUGUUCAAGUGCUAUCUGAACUACUAGUAGAAUCUGUACAGUCACCAACUAAACUUAAUGAAAUUGAACACAGUGUUAUCAAAGAAAGUAAUGAGCCACUAUAUCAAGAAAAAUCUUAUGCAGAUCAUUCCAAACAUCAGGAGUUGCCUGCCUCAAACAUACAAAUUCAAAAUAAUAAUCGAGAUGAAAGCAUAAAUGGAAAUGGUACAUCAGAAUCUACAGUUGGCAAUCAAGAUGAUUCAUUAUUAAAUGUAGAUGAUCGAUCAAACACAAAACAAUUCUUAUCUGAAAAUACUCAAAAUUAUGACCAUUCUCCUCUCAUAUUUGAUGAUUCAGUACAUGUUCAAAAUGAACUAGGAAAGAGUAAUGUAGUUGCAGACAUUGACAAAGUGAAUGAUAUUGAAAUAAAUUUCAAUCAGAACUUCUCUAACAAUAUUGAACAAAAAAAUAAAGAAUUAGGUAAUUCAAAAACUACUGAUGUUGACCCACCAAUUUCUAAGAAUAAUAAUUUUAAUAUUUCAACUGAAUCCUCAUUUUUUCCUGAUGAUUGGACUAAUGAUUAUGAUUCUACUUAUGGCUAUGAGCAACUCAAAAAUAAUCUUGAAAAAGAUAAUACAGUUGACUCUAAGCUCAUUCAAGAUAAAAUUAAAAAUUCUUUUAAUGGUAGUGAAAAUACUAAUAUAAGUGAAACAAAUGUUACUGAAGACAAUGAAGGCUUAAAUAUGUUUGACAAUACAGAAUUACAAUCUGUUAAAGAUUAUGAGCAAGAAAAAGCAGAAGAUACACAUUACAAUGGAAAUGUAUUUAAAAAUAGGAAAAAUGAAUUGGAUGAACAAGAAAAAUAUCACAAUGAUCUAAAUAUUUCUAAUAAGGAUUAUCACGAUUCAACAAAUUUAGAAAAAGACAAUAUACAAAAUAGUCAAAUUACAGUUGAAGGAAAACAAUUUUUACAUAGUAGAAAUAAAAGUACAAACGAAGAUAAUCAUGAUUCAAUAUAUGCAGAAGAAGAUAUUCAGAGGAGUCAAGUUACAAUUGAAGAAAAGCAACUUGAACAAAUUGAAGAAAGCAAAGAUGUAUCACUCCUUAAUCAACAAAAUGGAAGUUCUACAUUAUCAAUCAUUGAGAAUUUGGAUGAUUUUAUAUCACCUGGUUUCACAGCAAGACCUUCAAAAAGAAGAAAAGUUGAUACAAAUGAGAUUCCAAUUUUUCAUAAUCUGAAAGAUGAUGAAGCACAUGUGCAAAAUGAAAAAUAUUUUCAGCAUGAGAAUAACAGAAAUGUUGUUGCACAUAUUUCUAUGCCUGAAGAUUCGAUUGGUGAAAGUGUAAAUAUUGAACCUAUUGAAAAUACUAACUCAGCCAAUCCAGAUCAACAGGAAGAGAAUAGCCCAAAACUUCCUGACAAAGUAUUGCAAAUAGUUCUUUCAAGAACAAAUAAAAAAUAUGAAUCGCCAAUUUUAUCUCAAGAAAAACUAAUAAAAAAAACACCUGCAAAAUAUGUAUCAGAAAUAUCUGAAGAUUCCAAUGAUGAAAGUUUUUCUAAAGAAAAGAAACAAUCAAAUACUAUCAGAGUAACAAGAAGAUCAGUUAGUGAAGAUAAAAUGAGGCAGCUUUAUGUACAAUAUCAAUGCAAAAAUUUAGCUAUCUAUGCAGUCAGAAUAGAAGAUCAAAAAGUGAAUUUGCCACUGACAAGAAGUUUGAAAAGAAAAUCGAUAGAAAGUAGCAUCUCGAAGGAUAACGAGCUCGACAAUAGUUUAACUAACGGAAGACUAAGCGAAUUCCUUUCGAAAUUGAAUGAUCCCGUGAAAGUGGCGAUGAGGCGAAAAACACAAAAAAAAUACGAUAUGCACUUAGCUGCGAUUAAUGAAAAUCAAGCAGGCCAAAAUUCUGAGGACGUGAAUGGUAAGAAAAUAGUGACUUGGAGCAACGGUAAGCGAGUUACUUUCAACGAAAGGGGAGAAAACUCUAAAGAAAUCGAAUAUAAUGGUUACGUAAGUCAGCCCAUAUUUUUAAAACCUGGUAAAUCUUGGGCCAGAUCAUUGUCUAUCAUCAAUCACUUCCAUAAUGGGAAAAAUCUUGACGAGUUAGCUGCUGGUAGGGAAAAUUGGAGGCAUAGCGUUCAAACUAUCUUGAACAUGCAACCAGAAGUGUCUGGUCAAAAUAACUUGCAAAACCAUGAAGAAACUCGAAGAAAAUCACGUGCUUCACGUGUGUCUACGCGAAGAGAAUCCAAAUCAAUGAGGAAAUCUUCAAUUGCUAGUAACUCACGAUCAUCUAUGAGAAUUAUACCUAGUGGGAAAAUGUCUACUCUCACUAAUGAUCUGAUGAACUCACAGAGGAUUAGUUACGUUUCUGACAGAUCUAGAGCAUCAAAAAAAAUGUCUUUGAAAAUUCAAAGGGAUACUCUCAUCGAGACUGAGGAUGAUCUUAUUAGAUCUGCCAAGGAUAUCAUUCUGAAACGAUGUAAACAAACGUCUUACGAGUCAUUUGAUGUUUGCUUCCCUAAUUCAUAUAUAGAAAACUGUCGCAAAAUCGGUGAAGGUGUUUACGGAGAAGUAUUCCUAUAUGAGAAUGGUUCUGAAAAGUCUGUGAUAAAAAUAAUCCCCAUUGAAGGAGAUCAACUAGUCAAUUGUGAACCGCAAAAGAAAUUUCAUGAAAUUCUUUCGGAAAUUAUUAUUGCCGAAGAACUGCACAAACUGAGAUCUAAUGAUCAAUUCCAUACAAAUGAUUUUGUUGAAGUCAAUAGGAUAAUGUGCGUUAUUGGAAAGUAUCCCGAGAAGUUGAUAAACCUUUGGGAUGCAUAUGACGAAGCGAAAAAAUCUGAAAACGAUCGUCCGUCUAUGUUUGAGAAGAAUCAGUUGUAUAUAAUUUUGGAGCUUGCUCAUGGUGGACAAGAUCUCGAAGCUUACACAUUUCAAAACGCAUCAGAGUCUUAUGCUAUUUUCUUACAAACUGCAUUAACGCUGGCCGUUGCCGAACAAUCUUUGGAAUUCGAGCAUAGAGAUUUACAUUGGGGUAAUCUUUUGAUAUCAAAAACAAAGGAUAAAGAUUCAACUUACAAAUUAGGCAACAAAGAUAUUUCACUGUCAAAUAAAGGAGUCAAAGUUACAGUAAUUGAUUUCACGCUAUCGAGAAUGUCAUAUCAAGGUUGUAACAUUUUCAAUGACUUGUCAACCGACCCUACCUUAUUCGAAGCACAAGGAGAAUAUCAAUUCGAUAUUUAUAGGAUGAUGAGGGAUAAUGUCAAUGAUGAUUGGCAACAAUUUAAUCCAUUCACUAAUAUAUUGUGGUUGGAUUAUAUCCUCGAUAAAAUGAUAACCGCAGUAAGGUAUAAGAAGAAGACGACAAAAAUUCAUAAAAAUGCUAUCGAAGAAAUGAAGAUCUUGAGAAAAGAAAUUUUGUAUUAUUCAAGCGCUUUUGAUUUUGUGACUAAUUGUAAAAAGGUUCAAACUUUAUUUGACAGUAUUUAAUGUGCCAUUUCGUUGGCUGCCUUAUUCAUCGUUGCUUAUACAAAAUUUUAAACCUUGUUAUUAACAUUUUGUAGUAGCUCUUGUAUAUAUUUAUUUUUAAUAGGAAAUAUUUAAUCAUAGGUUAUUGUAUUUAUCAAAGAUUUAUAUAGAUAUAAAUUUUUUCUACAUAGUUGUAUUUUGUUUAGACUUAGAAUGUUUGACAUUCUCGAUAUGCAAGGUGUAAAGUAUCGUCAACCUCAUAAAUUUCUACGUCGAUGCGAUCCUGAUUCAAUAUAGUUGAUAAAAGCAUCUGUUGGAUAAUCUAAAAAUAAAGAACAAACAAUUAUUUUCAAUUGCACUCUUUUAAAAUCUUUGAAAAACGUUACCUUUGCUGUCUUAUGUCCAAUUUUAUUUCCAUAUAUUUGGAGUUGUCGCAGCACCCAAAUUUUUUUUAUAGAAUAUAGUAGUUCACUACAGCCUUCGUCAUUGAAACGAUUGUAUGAUACAUCGAGUAUUAUUAUUCUAGAAACUGAUAUUGCUCUACUUAAUGCUCUAG